CCUCCCGCCGGCCCGGGCGGCGCUGGCGCGGGCGGAGCGGCCCCUCCUGCCCCCGGCGGGCCCGUGGCCGCGGCCCGGCCGCGCUUCCCGCCCUGCCCCUUCCCCUGAGGAGGCACCGCCCGCCCGCCGCUGCCGCAGGCCAUGGCUGACUGGGCCCCCAUAGCGAAGGAGUACGACCCGCUCAAGGCCGGCAGCAUCGACGGCACGGAUGAGGAGCCCCACGACCGGGCCAUCUGGCGGGCGAUGCUGGCGCGGUACGUGCCCAACAAAGGAGUGACGGGAGAUCCUCACCUCACCCUCUUCGUGGCGAGACUCAACCUUCAGACCACAGAGGAGAAGUUAAAGGAGGUCUUUUCCCGGUAUGGAGACAUCAGGAAGAUCCGUCUGGUUCGGGACCUGGUCACGGGAUUUUCCAAGGGUUAUGCCUUCAUUGAGUACAAGGAGGAGCGUGCGCUCCUGAAGGCCCACAGAGAUGCCAACAGGCUGGUCAUCGACCAGCACGAGAUCUUUGUGGACUUUGAGCUGGAAAGGACUCUCAAAGGAUGGAUUCCCCGGAGGCUCGGAGGUGGCUUUGGAGGCAAAAAAGAAUCCGGGCAGCUGCGGUUCGGAGGACGGGACAGACCUUUCCGAAAGCCCAUCAAUUUGCCGAAUGUGAAAAAUGAUUUCUAUGGAGAAGGAUCAUCGGAGAAAAGAAACUGGUCUCGUGAGGGAACGAGGGACUGGAGAACGAGGGACCGGGACCAGGAGAGGAGCAGGGACAAGCGCUGGGGAGAAAGGGAGCGGUCGUGGGCUUGGGGCGACAGUGAGAGAGAGAGGGACUCCAGAGAGGAGCGGAGCAGAGGGAGGGACAGGAAGGACAGAGACAGGAAGGACAGGGAUAGAGACCGGAGCAGGGAGAGAGAGCCCAAGAAGCAAAGAGAUGAUGAUAAGUACAGAUAGGUGACCAUGAAACACUCAUUUAUUGGAAAUACAGGAACAAACUAAAGCUUCUGAAAAAUGGGCCCCAAAACAGAAGCUGAAGGAAAGUGACUUCAUUUUCUUGAAGAUGCUGGGACAGGUAGGACCUUUAGUGGUGCUGUGUCCUUAAUUAGUUCUGCCAGGUGAGAGAGAAGCAUGUGACCAAUCCAUUUUGUAUGUCAUGGGAGGAUGUGACUCCUUUGUACACGAGGAAUGUGCACCACAGAGCAGUAAACAGGUCAGAAAAUGCCUCAUGUUCCUGAUGAAUCCAUGGAUGUUCACUGAGGGAUGGUGUCAUGGGUAAAUGUUGCAGCUGCACCCACUCUGUUCUCUCCUCUCUGCCAGUGAAGUCCUGCCUGCACAGGGUUUAAAUCCAUUCUGGAAAGUGGGUUUGCUGCUGAUUUGGGGAAAACAGAUGUCAAGCACCUUUUUCAGAGCCAGGAUAUGUAUGUACAGACACACAUCUCCUGUUGGGGAGCUUACAGUGCUUUCUAGAAAGGGCUCUGUCAUGUUCUUUGUCAUCAUAAGCCAGAUAGAUAACAUAUUUUAAACUAUAUUUUGUAAGCCUUUGAAUGGCCCUGUCCUAAACCUUGCCCAGUUUGACGCUGUAUUUCCAUGAAGAGUUGUACACAGACAGAUCCACAGGCUGCAUCCCCAAGAAGGGAUGGUAUUAACUUUCCACAGGAAAAAAAAAAAAGGACACAACUGUUGCAGAAAUACGUGUUUUUCAGAAAUAUUUAUUAAACUGUUAAAAUGAUUUACUGUCCAACCAAAAAAAAAAAUAAAAUAAACCAACCCAUAAAAUGUCUGAUCCUGCACUUGGCAGGCAGGACUGUGACACCCCUCACCUGCCACCAUCCUGGCCCCUUUUCUAAAAGCAGAUGUUCCUUGAAUACAGAGGACCAACACAUGACAGAUCUAAAAUCUUUACAAUUGCUUCCCUCUGGGCCAUCCUUCCCGAUGGCACUUGUGAACUCAGCACUUCCAACAUGACAACGAGUGGUUAAUGGCAGCAGGUCAGGAGGAACUAAUGAGGUUUUUGAGGUAAUGGGCUACAGAGAUGAGUGGGGGAAGCUUGUCCUGCUUAGUGCUGUGCUUUGAUGUUGCUGCAGAUCUGGCCUGGCAGUGGUGCCCCGGGCUCUGGGCCGGGCUUUACUGCACCAGGAGCACAGGCUUAGGCUCAGUCUGUGCAGUUCCAUUAUCCCAGCUCAUUGCUCUCAGCUCAUUUCCAAAGGGAUGUGCUUACUCUGGCAUUGUUUCUGCUCACUGCAUCCCUUCUGGAUGUGCCACACGACUGGACUGCGCCCAGCAGAGACUCCACGGGGUCACUCACAAUUCAACUGGACAACUUCUGGUUUUCUCAUAUCUGGAAGUGAAUCCAGAUCUUCGCAACUUAAGUCUCAUUAAAUUAAGACACUCCCCCCAUUUAAGGAUUGCUUUUCACUCAGUGGGGGAAGUGCUGCUGUUUCACGGGUGUUACCAAAACACAACCAGGCAAAAGCUCAUCUGCCCAAUUCCCGUGUCAGCCGCUGCCAUCGCUGUGUCUAAUGCAGGUGUCUCAUGUAAGGCCACAUGUCCCCCCCACCCUGAGCUGCAGGAACACCAGGGGGGCACAGUAAACACUUUCCCUACCUAGAACAUAUGGAAGAUUUGUGUUUGGAAUGAAGCAGUUGCAGCCAGGAGCAGAGCAGCACAGAGGGAACAGUUCCCUGUCAGGCUUUCACUACAGACAGGCUGAGAACCAUUUGCUGUGCUCACACACAUCAAAGAAUCCAGUCUUGGAUCACCCUGUAAUAAAAUCAACUGGCCUGCACUAAACCCAUCUAGGAGUCCUUCAACAGUUCCUCCUGCACUCAGUACCUGGAGCAGUUGGAGCUUUACUCCAGCCUGAGCAGUAUUUCCUAUCCUUGGUGCCACUCCUGAGAGGAGGCUCUUUACAGAGCAGGUGGAGCUGCUGGGGGUGUGGUACCAAGAGCUCCAGCCCCUGGCACUGAGCUGCACGAGCAGGAGCUGCCCCUGGCCCUGCCACCACCAGAUGCUCCUCAGCAGCAGCGGUGCCCCAGCACAGACCUUCCAGAACACAAAGACCCCUCAGCUCUGUCCUCGCCCUCUCCCACCUGGGGGGUGCCUGUGGAGUGUGUGGUGCAGGGGGGAUGCUCUGACAUGGGCUGGACACAGCAGUUAUGCUCUGUGGGGUUUUAGUGUUGUAGGUCUGACCUCGGUCAGACCCGGGCUCUCACAAUCCGACUGCAGAGCAGAUUAAAUCCCAGCCCCUGGCAGUUGGGCUGGGCUGGCAAGUUAAGCCCAGUAACACGGGCUGCCCAGACAUGAGCCAACACCAGGGGAGCAGCCUGCACACAGAAUUCAUUGCUCUGCUCCCACAGAGUUUAGUGUUUAGUUUGCAGUUGGGGCCAUCUCUAGGUCAGUUUAACAGCUCGUGUCAGCCAGCUGAGGACGUGUGUCCCUCUCAAGUUGGGCAGUUUUACCUAGACAGGAAAAUGGAGUGUGACUUAAUUAAAAACCUCUCUGUGGGAAAGCUCUAAUUCCUUUCCAGCAGCUGCCUGCUACUCUGGGGGGAAGUCCCCAGUAAGAAGGAAAAAAUCCAAGAGUUAGGAUUCCUCCCUGUAAGCAAUUUGUAUUCCACUAAUACUGCAGAACUCAUGGCAAAACACAAGGCACGCUCACCUCAUACAAGGGUUCUUCAUGCUUUAGGCACUAUAAGCACAGGGGAAAUGUACACUCACUGUCCCUCUCAAGGCUACUCCAGUUUCUCACUGUGCCAGGUGGGUUUCCAAGGGGUUCCUCCGCAGGAUGCCGAUGCCAGCGGCACUGACAGGACACAGCAGAGCUCUGGGCUGCCACGGAGGGUGUCCAGCUGUCGUG